AUUCAUCAUUUCUUCUUCGCAGCCAAAGCCGAAAAUGCAUAAAAUCCUUCGCUUCCAUUAACAGAUGAGAACAGACGAAUCAACUUUCUCCAGCUGACAUACGUUUUGAUUCUUAAGUACGUAUAUAUAUGUUGAUGCAGAGGUUGAGAGCCACCACCAAGCUUUUGCCAUAUCUUUCUUCUGCAGACAAAGGUUCUUCUGCGUCAUCUGUUGUUGCCCAUCAUCGUUCUUUAACAAAGAGGCCUUGCUUUGGAACUCCACCUUCCUCACCAUCCUUGACUGGCUUUCACAAAGAUUCAAAAGAUAAAGUUCCACACUUGAUUCAAGCCAUGCCGUUUUUAACGAGUUCAUCCACCGUUGCACAACAAGCCGUGCCUGAAAAUGAAGUCGAACAGGUUGAGUUGCUCGCUGCAGUUGAGGAUUUAUAUGGAGGAGUUGUUGUGGACGUGACUGAACCUAUGGAUUCUGCGGUUUUCACUUCUUUGCUUCAAGCUUCCUUAUCGCAAUGGAGGCAAAAGGGGAAGAAGGGCGUUUGGAUCAAAUUGCCUAUCGAACGGUCAAAUCUCGUUGAUGCCGCAGUCAAGGAAGGAUUUAGGUACCACCAUGCUGAAUCAGAUUACUUAAUGCUUGUACGUUGGAUUUCCGAAACUGAUGAUAGACUCCCUGCAAAUGCUUCGCACAGAGUGGGCAUUGGAGCUUUUGUCAUGAACAGUAAAAGAGAGGUGCUUGUGGUUCAGGAGUUAAGUGGCAGAUUCAGAAAUACAGGUGUGUGGAAGAUGCCAACUGGGGUUGUCAAUGAAGGUGAGGAUAUCUGCGAAGCUGCUGUUAGAGAGGUUAAAGAAGAGACGGGAAUCGAUACGGAGUUCGUGGAGGUUUUAGCAUUUAGGCAAAGCCACAAGUCAUUCUUUCGAAAGUCAGAUUUGUUCAUUGUUUGCAUGUUGACCCCAAAAUCCUUCGACAUCCAAGAGCAGAACUUGGAGAUUGAGGCAGCCCAGUGGAUGCCAGCUGCGGACUAUGCAGCUCAACCCUUUGUUAAGAAAAACAAACUCUUUGACUAUAUAGCAAAAAUAUGCUUGGCAAAAUCAGACAAGAACUAUGUCGGUUUUACUGCGCUGGGUACAACUACAUCCUCUGGAAAAAGAAGCUACCUGUACUAUAACAACCGGGAUAUGGAAAACCUACUGGCCACCGGUGAUCCUCAGUAGAAAACGUUGACCUCUACUUCGAUAAUAUAUACAUAUACAUGUGUGUACUACCGGUGAUCUGCAAUAGAAAUGGUACCUCUACUCCCUAUAUGUUAUUGGACGAGGUCACCGUUUCUACUGCAGAUCACCAGUAGUGUGUGUGUAUAUAUCAAUGUAUUAAAAGCGUGAGGCGUGGGCGAGGCGUCGGAGGCGAAGCCCGGCCUAGGCGUAAGGCGUGAGGCGUGAGGCGUGAGGCGAAGCCUUAUAGGAUUAAAUUUUUUUAUAUAUAUAUGAUUUAUAUAGUAUACAUAUAAUUGUAUAAAAAAUAAUACUAUGUAAAAUAAACAUCCAUUCUCAAUUUUAUCAUUCAAAUCCAUAAUCAUUCAAAAGAUAAUAUCAUCAAAAUUCAUUAUUCAAAGAUAAUAUCAUCCAAAUUCGUUUAAAAUUGGAAACCUUACUAUAAAUCUGAAACGAAAAGACCUAUAUCCCAUUUUCCAUUAAAUAGGCAACCUCAUUUGUCAGUUUCAUCUCCUCCCCCUCAUUGGACAACUUUCCAAACAAGUCCUGACUUUUUGA